UUUUUUCCUCCGAUUCCCUUUCCCCCUCAUAUCGCGGCAGCUUCCGCGAAAGCCUCCAUUAAAAAAUCCGAGUUCGAUCGCCGACGCCACCCACGCCUCCCCUCCCUCCCUCCCUCCCUCCUCUCCUCGAGUCCCGCCACCUCCCCGAGCCCUGCUCCAGUAACCCUACGCCCGUCUUGCUCGGCUCGCGCCGCGGAGGGCCAUGGGCGCCGUCACGUCGACGAUGGCGGCGCGCUUCGCGUUCUUCCCGCCGUCCCCGCCGUCGUACGGGGUCGAGCCGCCCCCCUCGCCCGCCGCCGCGGCGGCGGACUCGGCGGUGGUGGAGCUCACCGGGGUGCCGCGCCGCGGGGGCGUGGAGGCGCGGCGGCUGCCGACGAAGCGCGGCACGGAGGUGGUGACCAUGUACGUGCGCCAGCCCGGGGCGCGGCUCACGCUACUCUACUCACACGGCAACGCCGCGGACCUCGGCCAGAUGUACGAGCUCUUCGUCGAGCUCAGCUCGCACCUCAACGUCAACCUCAUGGGUUACGAUUACUCUGGUUAUGGGCAAUCAUCUGGGAAGCCAACUGAAGAGAACACUUAUGCUGAUAUAGAGGCUGCUUAUAGGUGUCUUAUAGAAACUUAUGGAGCCUCUGAGGAAAACAUCAUUCUGUAUGGUCAAUCAGUUGGCAGUGGCCCUACUUUGGAUUUAGCAUCCCGUUUGCCUCAUUUGAGAGCAGUUGUUCUACAUAGCCCAAUUUUGUCUGGUUUAAGAGUUAUGUACCCUGUAAAACAUACAUACUGGUUCGACAUAUAUAAGAACAUUGACAAAAUUCCUCUGGUCAAAAGUCCAGUGUUAGUGAUCCAUGGUACAGCUGAUGAGGUUGUUGACUGUUCCCAUGGCAGGGCACUGUGGGAACUCUCUAAACUGAAGUACGAGCCUCUGUGGGUCAAAGGGGGAAACCACUGUAAUUUGGAACUCUAUCCAGAAUACAUUAAGCACCUAAAAAAGUUUGUUGCAGCCAUAGAGAAAUUACCACCAGUGAAAGAUGAAUCUCCAGAGAGCUCAGGUCCAUCAGAUCCUAGUGAAACAGGAUCCGAGAGUGCAGAGAGCUCAAGGAGAAGCACGGAUAUCAGGGACAAACCAAGGUCAAGCAUUGAUCAUAGGCAUAGCACGGAUCGACGGGAUAAAUCUAGAGGCAGCAUAGAUAGGAGAGAUAAAAGCAGAAAAAGCGUAGAUCAACCUGACAAACCACGGGCCAGUGUGGAUCAACCUGACAGGCCACGGAAAAGCAUUGACCGGUUUGUAUAUAUGCUUUUACGCAUUCUGCUUUACAUUUUCAUGUGGAUUUCUGUUCCGAGAGAUAUCCUGUUUUAUUUCCUCUUGACUCUUGCAACGCGUCAAUGUGGCAGCUUUGGAGGGAUGAUGAGGUCCGUCAAAUUGUGCAAUAUUGACUGUUUCACUGCGGCUUCUGGGAGCUGAAAAUAACGGAAGAUUAGAGUCUGUUAGUCAUCUGUAUGUAUUCCAUUUGUAUACUUUAUUCGACAGGAUGUUUUUAGUGUGGCUGUGGAAAAGGUAUUUUGAUCUGAAUGAGGGUUUGUAUUUGUUUCCCCAGAAUUGUUUCUUGGAAGGAAACAACCUUCGGUUCGCAACCCCUUCUAUUUUUUGAAGUCAUUCACUUGUUAACUGAAGUUUGAAGGAAAGCCGCCCCUGCAAAUGAAUGAGGAGCACCGUUCUUGCAUAACUGUACAUAUGUUGUACCAUUACACUGUUUCAGUUUUCUGAUCCAUAGAAACACUUGAUAGCUGUUUAUCAAACUAAA